AUGGUAUCAUGGGAUGUGGCGGAAAGGACUAUCGAAUCGACGUCCAGCGCUUGUCGCUAUCGCCUUGAGGAAGCGCUGGAGCAGCCUGCGGGAAGCCUGAGUGCGGCUUGUGAAGCCGAAGUAGGCAGAAUUUUGGACGCCAAGGCUCACCAUAAGGCGGGCGCUGGCAAACCUAGGCGGGGAGGCGACAAAAGUGGCACUGACGCCCCCACAAAGAGCUCCCGGACAGGGUCGAAGAACGAGCAGACGGAAGAUCAUGGGACACAGGCCGCGACGGUCGUGCUGACCUUCGUCAGCCUUGUGCUGGUGGCGGUCGUAGCCUUGGCAUACUGCGCAAGCGUGGGUCGACCGAAGCGGGGCGGUAGGAGGCUGCACAAAAAGAAACAAGAAAGGAUCAGGGAGCGGGGUAAGAAACGGCGAUAGCGGCGGGCAGACUGCGUGCGAUGGACAGAGUUGGGGGCAACUCGACCCGGCGCUCUCCCCAUGAUCAACCCGCAUUUUGCGAGGCUUUGAGUUCUGCUGCGCCUUCUUUGCUCAGUUUUGGGGUAACCAGUUUUGCGCCAGGUUUAAAGAUGUAAUCCAAUUAAAUCGGUCAUCCGGUUAAACCGAAUCCGAUAAAUACCUCAAGUUAUUCCCUUGAACAUUUCCCGAACGUAGACGGCUCAUAGAUUGCCAAGAACGAACGCGCUUUGCCAACGGUGUCCGCCUCGAGUGCCAAUCGUGGCAGACGCUUUUCUCAAUGAGAACGUGCUUGGUGUAUCCCCUGAUUUUAUAGUAUUUGGUGAACAACUUGGGAUGUCAACAACCGGCGCCUUCCGCCGUGUGUAGUGGGGUUCGA